GCAAAGCCCGCGCGCUCGCUCUCUCCUCCAGCCUGUCUCGCAGUCGGUCUUCUCAGUGAGGAGGUGGCGGCAGGGGCAGCGGCGGAGCGGCGGCGGCGACGACAGCCCAGGCGCGCGGGCGAAGGGGGAGGGCUUGAGCGAGGCGGCGGCGGCGACGCGGCUCAGUCCGACCAUGUCGGGCGAAGAGGAGGCGGCCGAGCUGACGAUCGCGGAAGACGUGGUGGUGAACAAGUACAAGAUGGGGGGAGAAAUCGCCAACCGAGUCUUGCGUACUGUCGUGGAAGCAGCAAAAUCAGGAGUGUCUGUCCUCAGUUUAUGUGAGAAAGGGGAUGCCAUGAUCAUGGAAGAGACGGGCAAAAUCUUCAAGAAGGAGAAAGAGAUGAAGAAAGGUAUUGCCUUCCCCACAAGUAUAUCGGUAAAUAACUGUGUCUGUCACUUCUCCCCUUUGAAGAGUGACCAGGAUUACAUCCUCAAAGAUGGUGACUUGGUCAAAAUAGACCUGGGAGUCCAUGUUGAUGGCUUCAUAGCAAAUGUAGCACAUAGUUUUGUCAUUGAUGCUUUGAAGGAAACCCCAGUGACCGGUCGCAAAGCUGAUGUCAUCAAAGCAGCUCACCUCUGUGCUGAAGCUGCCUUGCGUUUGGUCAAGCCUGGAAACCAGAACUCACAAGUGACAGAUGCCUGGAACAAGAUAGCUCAUUCAUUUAACUGCACACCAAUUGAAGGGAUGCUGUCACACCAGCUAAAGCAGCAUGUGAUAGAUGGUGAGAAGACCAUCAUUCAGAACCCCUCAGACCAGCAAAGGAAGGACCAUGAAAAAGCAGAGUUUGAGGUCCAUGAAGUUUAUGCCAUCGAUGUUCUCAUCAGCACUGGGGAAGGAAAAGCCAGGGAUGCUGGGCAGAGAACUACAAUUUACAAAAGGGACCCUUCCAAGCAGUAUGGCUUGAAAAUGAAAACUUCCCGUGCCUUUUUCAGUGAGGUGGAGAGACGAUUUGAUGCUAUGCCAUUCACUCUCAGGGCAUUUGAAGAUGAAAAGAAGGCCAGGAUGGGAGUAGUAGAAUGCGCCAAACAUGAGCUGCUCCAGCCUUUUAAUGUCCUCUAUGAGAAGGAAGGAGAGUUUGUUGCCCAGUUUAAGUUUACGGUGCUUUUAAUGCCCAACGGUCCCAUGAGGUUAACCAGUGGCCCCUUUGAGCCUGAACUCUACAAAUCUGAAUUUGAAGUGCAAGAUGCAGACCUGAAGGCACUCCUACAGAGCUCAGCAAGCCGUAAGGCCCAGAAAAAGAAGAAAAAGAAGGUAUUUUGA